AUCAGACCUUGGAGGAUAUAAAGACAAGCACUUCGGUGCAUGGCACAAAACACCCAUCACCAUCACAUUUUCGCAGUUAGCAUCCUUUCCGGACAGAUGUCUGUCGAAACCAGGAACUUCUAUCCCGACCUCGAGCGUCAUGUCACGCCGACGGCAUCGGGCUCUCAGGUUGUCAGCUACGUGCAUGACCUUGGCCCAAGCCGCCCCAUCCUGACGCUGAUCCACGGCUAUCCUCAGUCUUCGUUGAUCUGGCGUUAUAUCGUCCCACAGCUGAAGCAAAAGGCAUCUCUCUUCAUCCCCGAGCUCCCCGGCUACGGCAUCAGCACCCCGUCCGACAAGCACAGCAAGCUCGAGGUCGGCCGCGCACUCCUCGAGGCCCUCAUCUCCACCUUCAAGCUGCAGCCCGGCGAGGCGGCGGCCCCGCGCACCGUGAUCCUGGGCGGGCACGACCGCGGCGCCCGCAUCGCGCACCGGCUGGCCGUGUCCCUGUCGCACGACCCGGCCUUUGCCCAAUCCUCGGGCGCCGGCGGCGGCCUACUGCGCGUCGCGGGCGCGGCGCUCCUCGACAUCGUGCCGACGCAGGCGCAGUGGGCGGCGUUCGCGGACCCGGUCUCGUCGCGCGCCUACUUCCACUGGCCGCUGCUGGCCAACGUGGCGCUGGCGGUGCCGCUGAUCCGCGCCUACGGCGGCGCGCGCUGGUGCCGGCAGUCGCACGCGCUCGUCGCGGGGUCGGACGAGGCCGGGCGCGCCCGCGUCGUCGAGGCCGACGGGGCGGCCGACGUGCACGCCGAGCUGUUUGAGCGCGAGGAGACCAUCAGGUGCUCGUGCGAGGACUACGCGGCCGGCUCGACCGUGGACGUCGUCGAGCAGGUCGCGGACCAGGCCGCGGGCCGCAAGCUGGACGUGCCGACGCUGGUCCUGUUCUCGGCCGCGGGGAUCGGUGGCCGCAUGGACGUUGCCGGCAUCUGGAAGGACUGGGUCGCGCCCGGGGUCGAGCUGGAGGCGGUGGCGGUCGGCGGGGGGUAUGGGCAUUACCUGCCCGAGGAGGCGUGUGAUGAUGUGCUUGAGCACCUCUCCAUGUUCCUCAAAUCGGUGGCAUGAUCAACGCUGCUUCGGUAAUAGGAAAGUGGAAAAGAAUUCAUUAUACUGCUCAGGUGUCCAGACGAAGCUGGCAGGCUCGCCGUGGUAUGCAACGAAGAGCCAUAGAUUGUUAUUCAGAACACUACGGUAGCAUGAGGUGACACUGUCGGUCAGAUGCUUGCCUAAAAUACAAGAUACAACCUCAAUCUGGGAGUUGUGUGAGCAUGUCCCCU